AUGGGAGUUGCUUCUUCAUCUGCCAAGAUCAAGCGCCUCGUCAGCGCAAACAGUAAGAAGAUCAAUGGCAUGCAGGAGGUCCAGGAUAUUCUGCUCAGGAAUAAUGCUUCUCCUUGUUGCCCUCUCGAACAUGAAGACGGUAAGCAGCUCUAUCCUGACCUGCCCCUUGCUCAAAGUGAGCAGAGCAAUGUUGUGGAUGCAAAAGCAGUUGAAGACCAGAUAGCAGAUGAAGCUGCAAUGGAGGAAGACAACUCCCAAGGUGGCGUAGCUGAUGAGGCUAGACCAGAUGUGAAGGAGCAGGCAGGUGAGGCCAUUGAGUAG